AAUACCUAUUCGACCUCAGCUAUUCCCCCAGCCUGCCAGCCUGCCACUGCGCUAAUUCCACCAUCAUCUCAAUCCAUGGACCGCUCCGGACUGGGCACUCUGUUCCUGCUCUUGCUCCUGCUCCUGCUCCUGCCCUGUGCUGCCCCCGCGACCACGGCCUAGUGUGUGUCUGUCUGUGUGGGUGUGGGUGUGUGUGUCUGUGUCUGUGUCUGCACCGCUUCUGCUGCCGACAUGACGACUUCACGACUGGACCGCUUGGUCGUCCUGUUGGAGACGGGCUCGACCCAGCUGAUUCGGAAUACCGCCGCGCAGCAGCUCGCAGAUGUCCAAAAGAACCACCCGGACGAACUCUUCAACCUACUCACGCGCGUGGUGCCCUAUCUGAGGUCCCCCUCAUGGGAUACGAGGACUGCUGCUGCUCGUGCCCUGGGCGGCAUCGUGGAGCACGCGGAAAGGUAUGAUCCCAAUGCCACUCUGGACCCGGUCACAGAUGAAGUCAAGCCAGACCCGGACUAUGAAUCGAACAAAGAAGACUCGACGGCAUCGGCCCCGCCCGAGCAGCUCGCCUUAGCGACUCUGGAUGUAGAGGCGAUCUUGACCUAUGGCAAGGAACUACUCGGAAGCGCGGGGAGGCAGUACGACUUCAAGCUGGCUGGUCUUAAUGCGAUUGAGCGACUUGCAGCUCAGAAGGCGUCUUUAACGAGGCGUCUUGGACUCGGCGGCGAGUACAUCGAGGAAGACCUGGUUAGCGAAAAGGAUAUCGCAAUCAGGUCCUCGAUGAAUACUCCUGCUUUGCCCCGGCUCGAGACGGAUGGCAGUAAGAGUGCUAUGGACGAUGCGACCAUGAAGUCGCCCGAGGAAGCCACCCCACAGACCCCCGCUGCCGGCGAGAUGAGCAAACGACAGCUCAAUAUGCUGAAGCGGCGACGCAAGGAAGAACUCAAACGCGACAACAAGAAAUUCAAGUACGACUUCGCCCUUCGACGUGAGAGCACGGGCUUGGCACCAACGCCGGGUGGCGAAACCAGACAAGAGAUCAAACAGGAGCCUGACGCUAACGGCAAUGGCGACUACUUCUCACUGGAUCGUAAAGGUGGCGACGAUGACUCCCAGAUCGUCUCGGAAUUCAAAGGCGCACCAAUGGCAGAGAAAUCGACGUUAGUCAGCAAUGAAGAUGGAAACGAAUGGCCCUACGAACGUCUCUGCGAAUUUCUGACUGUGGACCUAUUCGAUCCGGCUUGGGAGAUACGACACGGCGCUGCCAUGGGUCUACGGGAGAUUAUUCGGGUGCAUGGAGCUGGAGCUGGUCGCCGUGCUUCCAAGACACGAGAAGAGAAUGACAAGCUGAAUUGCGCGUGGCUGGAUGAUCUAGGCUGUCGGAUCUGCUGUGUGUUCAUGCUAGAUCGAUUUGCCGACUAUGUCUCCGACAAUGCCGUUGCACCCAUACGGGAGACCGCAGGUCAAGUCCUGGGUGCCGUACUUCAGUUUCUGCCGGCUUCCUCGGUACACGAGAUCAAUCGCAUUCUGUAUCGCUUGGUAAUGCAGAAGGAUCUCAAGGUAUCCCGACGCAUCUGGCAUGCAUGCCAUGGCGGCAUGAUCGGUAUGCGCUAUCUCGUUGCGGUGCGUACUGAUCUGCUCUUCCAGGACCGAUCUCUAAUGGAUGGUGUUCUUGAGUGUGUCAUGAAAGGCUUGGGCGAUCAGGACGAUGAUGUGCGCGCCGUGAGCGCUGCGACACUUAUUCCCGUGGCCAAGGAAUUCGUGAAUGUUCGCUCCGAUGAACUCGGUCACCUUAUUGGCGUGGUCUGGGAAUGCUUAUCCAGUCUCUCGGAUGACCUGAGUGCGAGUACGGGAUCGGUCAUGGAUCUACUUGCCAAGCUGUGCAGCUUUUCGGAAGUGCUAGCGGCCAUGAAGGAGAAUGCUGCUGCCGAUCCCUUGCAAUCCUUCGACGAGCUGGUGCCCAGGCUAUAUCCCUUCUUGCGACAUACGAUCACGAGCGUGCGAUCCGCUGUGCUGCGUGCUCUACUCACCUUUAUCAACAUUGAUGGUACGGAUACCAAAGGCUGGAUCAAUGGCAAGGCCCUUCGCCUGGUUUACCAAAAUCUUCUGGUGGAGCGCAACGACGGAGUACUCAGGUUGUCGCUCGAUGUAUGGGAGGCCUUGGCCAAUGCCUUGGCUGCGAAGCAUCCGCUAGCUUUCCAGCAGGAAUUCGAGCCCCAUGCUCUGCCACUCCUGUCUCUGACAACACACCCCAUUGGCAUCAGCCGCCACCCCAUACCAAUGGAUGCCACACUGUUUAUCAAGCCUUCUGGCCAAACCUAUGCACCACUUGCCAACGCGCGCCGUCCCUCCCCUGUCAAUGGCUCCGAGCCCGCUAGAAAGCGUCGCAAAUCCGAGAAGAAAGAGAGCUCACUACCACCUGUCACGACCACAACUCACAACAUCGAUGCCGCUAUCAUGCAAGGCGACAUCGACCUUGUUGGUGCCGAUAUCAUGAUCAGAAGCCGCAUCUUCGCCACUCGUGCAUUGGGCAAAGCGAUAUCCUUGUGGCCUACUGACCAGCGCCACCUCUUUUUUGCGCCCAAACUGCUACCUAGCCUCAAAUCAGCUUACGGAUCUACCCAGUUGUUCACUGCCAUGGCUCUAGAAGGGUACGCGAUCACGAUAUCAGAGCAAGACCAGCUUGCGUUGGAUGCAUCCACCGACUUGCGCUCACUCGUGGAAGACGAUAGGCCUGGGUGGUACAGUGAUCUGGCAAGCUAUCUGCGCAUUGCCCGUGCUCAAUGUCAGCAGCUUCUCAAUGCCUUUGAGAAGGAGGGUCACGUUCCAGGUAGCAAGAUACCCAUCAUCGCAAUUGUCUGCCAAGGAGAACCCGAAGCCGGGAAGAACGCAUUUGGACUGGCUGAUGCUCAAAAGAUCGUUACAAGCGACUAUGACCGCCUCACCAAAGGAAUGUCAAAAGUCCAGCGUAUGACUGCUGCUGAAGCACUACAGACUGCGAAGCUGGAUGCAGAGACUGCUAUCACGGACGCGCAAGCUGCCAAAGCGCAAGCCGAUCUGCGCAUUCGAUCAACUGCUGCUGCUGCGUUGAUUGCUCUCCAUGCCAUUCCGAAGAAACCACAGUUUACCAUAAAGGCGGUCAUGGACAGCAUAAAGGAAGAAGACAACCUCGAUCUGCAGCAUAGGACGGCAUCCGCCAUUGCAGAUCUCAUUGCACGGCUCGUGGCGAACGAACGCCACAAAGUGGUCGAGAAAGUGGUCGGCAAUCUUGUCAAGUUUUGUUGCAUGGAGACUGGUGAAACGCCAGAAUUCCACCCGAAUGCGGACAAAGAAGUCGGCAUCCUGUCGUUGCAGAAGGAUGAAGACAUUCAAGAUCGUCCCGAUGCUGCUACCUACGAGCGUGAAGUAAGGGCCGCCCGCAUAACGCGUCGUGGUGCAAAGGAUGCACUCGAGCAAUUGUGUGUCAAGUUUGGCGCAGACAUCUUCAACAAGGUUCCACGACUGCAGGGCUUGAUCGAAGGUCCUAUACAACAUUGCUUUGCGAACGACCUGCCCAUCGACAUCACCGAUCCCGACACCUCCAUCGGCCAAGAAGCAAUCGAUGCCAUGUCGACCCUCCGAGCUCUUGUGGCAACACUCGACAGCAAGCUUUAUCCUUGGGUUUUGUCGCUGCUACCAUUCAUGGCGCGCGCUCUGCAGUGCAAACUUUCAGUUCUGCGCUAUACUGCCGCCAAGUGCUUCGCAAGCGUGUGCAGCGUCAUCACUGUGCAAGGCUUCACGAUGUUGGUUGAACAAGUCAUUCCACCGAUCAACAACGCGCACGAAGUUGUGCAAAGACAAGGAGCCAUCGAAUGCAUUUACCACCUCAUCCAGGUCAUGGGCGAUAGUAUUCUGCCUUAUGUCAUCUUUCUGCUGGUGCCCGUCUUGGGCCGUAUGAGUGACUCGGAUCCUGGUGUGCGACUGAUUGCAACUACCGCAUUCGCCACACUGGUAAAGCUGGUGCCACUGGAGGCCGGGAUUCCUGAUCCGGAAGGGCUGCCACAGGCACUUCUUGAAGGCAGAGAGCGAGAGCGCAAGUUCAUUUCACAGAUGCUGGACCCCAAGAAGGUCGAGUCAUUCACCAUCCCGGUCGCCAUCAAAGCCGAGCUUCGCUCAUACCAACAAGAAGGUGUCAACUGGCUCGCAUUCCUGAACAAAUACAAUCUACAUGGCGUGCUUUGCGAUGACAUGGGCCUUGGUAAGACUCUGCAAACGCUCUGUAUCGUUGCAAGUGAUCACCACAUUCGAGCGGAGGAGUUCGAAAAGACUGGGGCGCCCGAUCAGCGUCGUCUCCCAUCGAUCAUCAUUUGUCCCCCAACAUUGACUGGUCAUUGGAAACAAGAGAUUCGCACGUAUGCGCCAUUCUUGACCGCUGUGGCAUACGCUGGGCCCCCGCCUGAGCGGAGCAAGGUUCGUGACCAGCUCGCCACCGCGGAUAUUGUCAUCACGUCCUACGAAAUCGCCCGAAAUGACGUGGAGAUUCUGCUUCCGAUCAAUUGGAACUAUUGUGUACUCGACGAGGGUCAUCUCAUCAAGAAUCCCAAAGCGAAGGUGACCCAAGCCGUGAAGCGCUUGAUGAGCAACCACCGCCUCAUCCUUUCCGGCACGCCCAUCCAGAACAACGUGCUGGAGCUUUGGUCACUCUUUGACUUUCUGAUGCCUGGUUUCCUGGGCACAGAGAAAGUCUUCCAGGAUCGCUUUGCAAAGCCAAUCGCAGCGAGCCGGUUCGCAAAGUCCUCGUCAAAGGAACAAGAAGCCGGCGCAUUGGCUAUCGAGUCGCUGCACAAGCAAGUGCUGCCUUUCUUGUUACGUCGACUCAAGGAAGAAGUGCUGAACGAUCUCCCGCCCAAGAUACUGCAGAACUACUAUUGCGAUCUGUCUGAUCUGCAAAAAAGAUUGUUUGAUGACUUCACGAAGAAAGAGUCGAAAGCUUUGCAAAGCAUGGCCGGCAGCCCUGACAAGGAAGCAAAACAGCACAUCUUCCAGGCUCUACAGUAUAUGCGCAAGCUGUGCAACUCGCCAGCCAUGGUCAUGAAAGAAGAUCACAAGCAGUACAGUGCCAUUCAGGACAUGCUUGCGAAGCAAGGGUCGAAUAUCAAAGACCCAAAGCACGCGCCAAAGCUGACAGCGCUCCGCGACUUACUGCUCGACUGCGGUAUAGGAGUCGCCAGCAACCAGGACGGUGGCGUGCCCUCUGCCGAUCAAGCAGUUUCGCAGCACCGUGUUCUCAUCUUCUGCCAAAUGAAGGAAAUGCUCGACAUGGUCGAGAGUACAGUAUUGAGGAAAAUGCUGCCGAGUGCAACUUUUGCUCGUCUCGACGGAUCUGUGGAAGCUUCGAAGCGUCAAGACAUUGUGAAUCGCUUCAACUCGGACCCUUCCAUUGAUUGUCUCUUGCUCACAACCAGUGUCGGUGGUCUUGGUCUCAACCUGACUGGAGCUGAUACAGUCAUCUUCGUCGAGCACGAUUGGAAUCCACAAAAGGACUUGCAGGCCAUGGACAGAGCGCAUCGAAUCGGACAGAAGAAGGUGGUCAAUGUCUAUCGCCUCAUCACCAGAGGCACACUCGAGGAGAAGAUUCUCAAUCUUCAGCGCUUCAAGAUCGAUGUUGCUUCCACCGUCGUCAAUCAGCAAAACGCGGGUCUCGGUACCAUGGAGACGGAUCAGAUUCUUGAUCUGUUCAGUCUUGGGGAGACUGACCCCAAUCUUGCCAUUAGUGACAAGCCGGAGGCCGAUGGCGUCGAUGAAUCCAACGCGGUCGACGCAGAGGGCAACAUGCGAGAGAAGGGUAAGAAGGGUAUCCUUGACGAACUGAGCGAGCUUUGGGACGACAAGCAGUAUGAAGAGGAGUUCAAUCUCGAUGGCUUCUUGAAGACGAUGAAGGCAUGAUCAUCAUGAGUUUCAAACCUGGGCACUGGGGUGUUACUGUAGAGCAUAGCAUAGCACGGCGUUGGUUGGGCGAGUUUCCGGAGCAUGGGAUCUCUAGUAGGACCCAGACGAGCGAGUGGUCAUGUACGAUCCCAAGAGAGGCUUGAGCGUUCCAUUGGUUGUCCGGAAAACCAACGUCAGUUGAGAUGGAAAUUCAGAGCCCAAGGUAGGCACUACGUUGUUCGUACUUUUUCCUCUGCUGCCAAGCACGUUACGAGGUCAGAAAAGAUAUCCAAAACCGAGAUGCGAUGCAGAUCAAUCAAUCAU